AUGGAAUAUGAAGAAUCAUUAGAAAAAGGUGUGGAACUAUUGGAAUCUUUAUCUCUAUCAGAUUCUCUUGUAGAUUCUCAAAUAUUUCCUUUAUAUUCUGAAUUUCUUAAUAAUAAACUAAAUUCUGAUAUUUCAUUUGAUGACGAAAAUUCUAAAGAAUGUGUAAAUUUACAGGAAAUUGAAACUAGAAGACAAUCUUCAACUGAUACUAUUCACAUUUGUAAUAAUUUGGCUUGUGACUUAAAGAUUAAGGUUUUGGAACGGAAAAUUACUCUAUUAGAAACUCAAAACUCACAAUUAAUCAUCAAUUCUUGUUCAAUGUAUAAUACAUUAAUUAAACACAUACAAUCAUUAACUGAUGAAAUUAAUAAAUUUAAACAAAUUAAUAAUUAA